GGGAAGAUGUGGAGCCUGAGACCCCCGUCAGGGCACAGGGAAGCCGGGGCCGGCGCUGGUGCCCGGUAAACGAGAAGCAGGGUGUCUGUCCUAUCCCGUGACCCUGCCCCUCCGCUCCUUCGCUGAGCGCAUCUCUUAGGACUGGGCCGCGCCCGUGCCUGUCUUCGGUCCGUGGUAGUUUUAGCCCGAGCGGGCAGUGACUCGUAGCUCCCUCCUUGGUACCCACGCACGCCCUGGCGAUGUCAGGCCUCCUUUCCUUUAGCGCCUCAAGCCAUCCAGUGGUUUGCCUGCCAGAGAAGGUUGUGAGCCAGCUUUCAUGGGUGAAGCAGGGGGUUCCAAGGGAACCCCGCUUCCAGGUAGUACCUGGUCCCCAGUUGUCUGAGUGUGAUUCAUGCAAUCCUUGGCAGGAGGGACGUCUGAAAGACUUUUAUACUGCAUUGAGGUGUCCAGCGAGGUCACAUACCCUUAAUAAGACUCAAAAGUGGGGUUUCCCAGAGGAGGAAAUCUUUCACUGUGUCCCUGAUCUAGUUCAGGGCAUGCUCUGCUCUGCGAUUCUAAGCAGGUGUGUUGGCAUAUAGCUCCUUCUUGGCGAGCAGGCAUUGACGGAUUGUGGCGGGUCCCUGUCAUCCUCCCAGACUUGCUGCACGCUGCCUACUACCUGUUUGGACCCAUCCUCACUCUCAGGAGCCUUUGUCUAGCACUCUGGAACCCUCCCCAUUCACCUCCCUCCAUGUAUCCUUUGUCAGGCAGAGUAACUCUUCCUAUCUUGGUUUUUAUCAUCUGCUACUGUAGUUGUGUGAGGGCUGCAGGUUCAGCUUUCUCUGGAUCAGUUACAUGCCCAGGGUAAUUCCCUUACUGUACCCUUUCUCUACCUCCAGAGAGGUCACGUCCUUCAGGUUAUAAAGAAGAAACCAGAUCAGAGUGGUAAAAUGAUUUGCAACUGGUCAUCCAGGCAAGGGAGUAGGUUCUUACAGAUUAAGAGAAUUUUGAGCAAGAAUAAAAGGUCUGAUUCCACUAAGUUUAAAAUAACAUUAUUUUUUACUUACUUAUAAAUAUAUUAUGGUUUACAAAGCAUUUUUAUAUGGAUUUUCUAAUUUAGCCCUCAUACUUUAUGUACUGGAUUAGGUUCUUGGAAUAGAAAUUGUUCUAAAAAAAAAAAAAGGGAGUUCCCUGGCAGCCAAGUGGUUAGGACUCAGCCUUUUCACUGCUGGGCCUGGGUUCAAUCCCUGGUGGGGGAACUAAGAUACCUCAGGCCAUGUAGUGCGGCCAAUAAAUAAAAUAAAAAGAAAAGAAAACCCCUGCUUUGAAAAUGCUCAGCCUAACUGGACUGGGGGUGAGGGCCAGUCAGUGACAGCUGUUAUUUAAGGUAGACUGUAAUAAAUGCUAGCAUCAAGAUGCAAAGAAAGGACCGUGGUAGUAUAGGGGAGGGAGAAAUUACUGUUAGCCCAUGAGAGGACAGCGCAGUUUGCGAGAACAGUGUGAGCAAGGGCAUAGAAACUGGGCUAUGUAGAGAUUAAUUGGGGGUGAGCCAGUGGCUUGAUGUUGCUGGAGCUUUGGAUUUUGGUCACAGUUGGAGAAAAGACUGGAAAAGUAGGCUGGGGUCAGGUUGAAGAUAUUGCAUACCACGUUAAGUUUGAACUUUGUUUUGUCAUAAAGGGACCCAUGGAAGAUUUAUGAGCAAAGUAGUGAGUGUACUUUAGGAAUAUUCCUAACAGCUUUCUGUAAAUGGAUGAAGCGACUUCAGAAAGUAGUGAGUUCUUGGUUGCUGGAGUUGAAAGUCCCUUCCAAACCUGAGAUGCUUGGUGAGAGAACUUGGUGACAAACUGAAAGAUGAAUUGAAGUGGAAAUAGACUUCCUCAUCUCUAAACUGGCAGGGAGACCAGUUUAGAGAAUGCUCCAAAAAUGGGAUGUAAAAGGCUAAUUUAAAGCUGUGAAAGUGGAAAGGAGAAAGAUGGAUUUAAGACAUUUCUAACAUAGCAGCUUAGCUGAUAAAUGUUAAGGACAAGUUUAGGUCAUGCCCUGCUCUGUCAUUCUAAGCAGACAUGUUGGCAUGGCUGAUUCUUGGAAGAAUCAAGACUACAGUUCUAGGCACUGGGGAAGACAGCAAUGCAAAAACAAAGGUGGGGACCACAGUAAGAAUAAUAGGAUUGGAGGGACAGAUGCUAUUCUGUUUUGUGUUGAAGCAUUUGAGGAGUCUCUGUGACAUCUGUGGUUGUCCAGCAAACAACUGAAAAUGUGGAUCAGGACUUUGGAAGACAUUAUAAGUCUCUGUGUCAGAUCUCGGGUGUGUCUCUGUAAAUAAUAUUUUGUACUUAUGUAGCACAGUAGUCUCAAUUCCCUUAUGUUAUUAAAUGUAGAGAGAGUGGACAUAAUUACCCCACGCCUGUGUGGAGAAACAGGAAGGAAGAUAAAGUCAUAUUCAGUUGUGUCUGACUCUCUUAUGUAGGUAUCUAUGUCUCUGUUUAGCUGUAUGUCUCUUUUCUCUCUCUGUAACUUAGUCUUAGGUCUCUCUGUUCACAUCAGUGUGUAUCAUUAUCAAUUUAAGAGUUAAAAAAACAAAACAGUUGAGAAUUAUAUGCAAACCCCCAUGCUAGGUGGUACAAGGGGGAGAUACAGAGAAGUAUGAGAUGGUUCCAGGCUUCCAGAAAUUUACGAUCUGCUUGGAUGGAGGACGAGCGAAGUCACUGUAGCACAGCACAGCGAAUCAGUGUCACGUGGGGGGCACAGUGAUUUCUGCAGGAGUAGCUGGUCCUGUGUCUUUGUAUAGACCCUUGUGAGAUGGCUUUACUGCUAAACAGCUCUCUCUCCCACUUAUAAGUGGUGAGGCUGUUGUUCCGAUAGCUUUGCCAAAAUGCUAGGCCAUGCUGAAUAGUCUUAUGCAGCCUAGAGAGAAGAGAGGGAGAUUAUCCCCCUGCCCCCACCCUGGCCCAUCAGAGGAAGGAAGUUUAGGGCUGUCCUGCCAACUUGACCCUGUUUACCAGCCAACCUCCCACGUUCAAGCCAAGACCUUUAACUUCAUGUUACUACAGCAGCUGUGGAGGUGAAGUAUGACUUUAAGUUAGUUUGGGGAUAUUACCUACACAGAGCAAAUAGAGCCAAAACUGUGGAUUCCAGCAGACAAAAAUUAUCAUGAUCUCUCCUGGGUUCCUAGAUAACAAUGACAUUUCCAAAUGUUCCCACUUGAGGGAGCACAGAGAUGGUUCUGAAGGUUUCUCUAUUGAAAGCACUUUCUAAUCUCAGACUGUCAUGAACAAGGAAACUUGGAACACCAGCACCCUCUGGGCUACAGCAGCCUUUGACUCACAAGGGUGCUGAGAGGACUCAGUUCCCUAGUUUCAGAACAUUUAUCCUUCUCAUCUACCCCUCAGUCAUUCAAACUUUGACUCUGAUAGCCAGCUGCUGGGAUCCUCCCCAGAUGUGGCCCCCUCUCAUGGCAAGGGGUAUGUCCGUGACUCAGGUGCCCACAGCUAUGCUUAGUGACUGUUUGGGGGAAAGCAGUGUUGUCUCUCUUGCGUCCAUAUUUUUAUAAAAUAGGUCUGUGAGAGUCUUGUGGGGCCAACCUUAAUCUCAUAUUUUCUAGUCUCAGCUUUUAAGACCUAAUGUUUCGUUAGGCAGGGUAGUAAAGAAGGGCAUGAGCUUUGGAACCGCACAGAUCUGUAUUCAAAUCCCCAUUCCACCCCUUGCCAGCCAUGUGACCUUGGGCAGUUUGCUUAAUAUUUCUUGAACCUAAGUUUCCUCACCUGUGAAAAUAAGGCUAGUAAUAGUAUUCACCUCAGAGUGAUUAUAAAGAUUAAAUGAGAUAAUAUUUCUGAAGGACCUUAUAGUAAAGGAAGUCAUUAGUUCACCAGCCCUUUCCCUAAUGUUGCUAGGCUCAAAUGGUUGGAGCCUAAGACAGGCUGAAUCGUUGUUUCUCUUGUCUCUCCAGGUGACUUCUUCAGAUAGCUACUCAGCUCUGGAAAAUGAGCAUCCUCUAGAGACUCCAGAAUCCAACAAUAGUGUGUAUACUUCCUUCAUGAAGUCUCAUCGAUGCUAUGACCUGAUUCCCACAAGCUCAAAAUUGGUUGUAUUUGAUACUUCCCUUCAGGUGAAGAAAGCUUUCUUUGCUUUGGUGACUAAUGGUGUCCGAGCUGCCCCUUUGUGGGAUAGUAAGAAGCAAAGUUUUGUGGGCAUGCUGACCAUCACUGAUUUCAUCAAUAUCCUGCACCGCUACUAUAAAUCAGCCUUGGUACAGAUCUAUGAGCUGGAAGAACACAAGAUAGAAACUUGGAGAGAGGUGUACCUACAGGACUCCUUUAAACCACUUGUCUGCAUUUCUCCUAAUGCCAGCUUGUUUGAUGCUGUCUCUUCAUUAAUUCGAAACAAGAUCCACAGGCUGCCAGUUAUUGACCCAGAAUCAGGCAACACCUUGUACAUCCUCACCCACAAGCGCAUCCUCAAAUUCCUCAAGUUGUUUAUCACUGAGUUCCCCAAGCCAGAGUUCAUGUCUAAGUCUCUGGAAGAGCUACAGAUUGGCACCUAUGCCAACAUUGCUAUGGUCCGCACUACUACCCCUGUCUACGUGGCUCUGGGCAUCUUUGUACAGCAUCGAGUCUCAGCCCUGCCAGUGGUGGAUGAGAAAGGGCGUGUGGUGGACAUCUACUCCAAGUUUGAUGUUAUCAAUCUGGCAGCAGAAAAGACCUACAACAACCUAGAUGUGUCAGUGACCAAAGCCCUACAACAUCGAUCACAUUACUUUGAGGGAGUCCUCAAGUGUUACCUGCAUGAGACUCUGGAAACCAUCAUCAACAGGCUGGUAGAAGCAGAGGUUCACCGACUUGUAGUGGUGGAUGAGAACGAUGUGGUCAAGGGAAUUGUAUCACUGUCUGACAUCUUGCAGGCCCUGGUGCUCACAGGCGGAGAGAAGCCCUGAGCCGGGGGAAGGGGUCAUGCAGCACCAGGGGAUAUGCCCCACUCACUGCCUGCCCAAAGCUCUGGGAACCACAGAUGAAACCUUUAGAGAAUUGUGACUCUGUUCCCUGCCUGGGAGCCCCCUACCCUUCUACAUGGAAGUGAGGGAAGGUGUGGGGGAGGAAGGAGAAUGGAUUUGUAGCUGUCCUUAUCCUCAUCCUUGAAGAAAACUUUCAGCCUAGCCCAUCCCAGCCCCUGUCCUCUUUAGACAUAGCCCCUUUUCUGGGUGAACUAUGGGCUCUGUGCUUCUCAGGCAAAUUCUGAUCUCUAAGAGAUCCCCAGACCUCACCCAGCCUUUGCCUCUAUCUCUGUCCCUGACUCCACCCUAAGAUAAUAGGCACAAGAAAACUCUUCAUAAAGACAUUUUUAUUCAUCCUGUUUCAUGCUGUAUGGAGGAGACAGUCCAUUCAGUGGCAUUUCUUCCCAUAAUGGGAGCGGGGAGGAUCAUGGGGAGCAGGGCCUUUGGGUUCCUGUGCUGUAUACAUAUGAAGGGAGAUGAGAGUUAGGUGGAGGGGGAGGGCAGAGUGGUUAGCUGAGGUUAUUGCUUUUCGUGGCAAAGCUAAUUAAAAUGACAGGAACCUCUUCAUGGUA